UCAUUUAUCGUGGCUCUUCUCUGAGUGACAGUUAUGACAUAUGGCGUGAAAACACAGCGUGGAGAGAUCAGCCCUUAUCAUGUUAUCAGCGGUUAGUCGGAAACUGCGGUCAGGCUGAUCACCGGAGACUGCAGGUCAGCGCUGUGUGACUGUGAGUCCACCAGUGUUAUUAAUGAGACCGUCCGUACGGGCUCAGCGUCACAGGUAGUGUGAGAGCUGCCUGAGGAGGCACCUCGGAGAACUUCGAGCAGCUUCUUAUUGGCUUUGGAAAGGCGACAGGGACGGACUGAUCAUGGGUCACCUCUCCAGGCUGCUCCCAGCCGUGCUGGGCGGACUCUUAGUGAGCGCUAGCCCCGAGCAGAGCGCCUUCCUCGGAGACAUCCUGGCGGUUUACGGCCAAGAUGGCUUACUGGAUCACAACGGCAUUAACAGUCUGCUGGACACCAUCGCACAAGAGAACCGAGGGGAGAACCAGCCUGUGCUAGCUCAGUGUUUGUCUGGAGAGGAGAUCCUCACACACUAUGGGCUUAGCAACCUCACACACCUGAACCAGGACCACCUGGGGACCAUCUGCCCCGCCCUGCUGAACCAGGGACUGCUACCCUCUUGCACUCUGCUGGCAGCCGAGUCCCAUACACAUAUAGAGGGUCAUGUGUGGGGAUAUGGCUUUUUGGCUGUUACAAUCAUCAACCUCUUCUCCCUCCUGGGUUUGGUUCUCAUCCCUGCCACUAAGAAACCGUAUUUUCCUAAAAUACUCACAUAUUUCAUUGGCCUGGCGAUUGGGACGCUAUUCUCUAAUGCUGCGCUGCAGCUCAUACCUGAGGCUUUCGGGUUUGACCCCAAAAAAGAUGACUACAUCUCAAAAGCUGUUGGGAUCUUCGGUGGAUUCUAUAUGCUGUUCUUCACAGAAAAGGUCUUGAAGAUGCUCCUAAAGACAGAGUCUGAGCAUGACCAAAGUCACUUCAGCCUUCCAGAAAGUCCUCAGCAGAAUGGAGGAACCAUCAUUGCCGUCACCAGCUUUUCUACCCCAAGCAGCGAAAAGACCAGCAUAGCUUCUGCUGCUUCAGAAGAACAGGUAACAGCGCCUCCACAGGAGUCAUGUCUGCAGCAGUUGGGUCAACGGUUGGCGACUGUGAAGACGGUAGCUUGGAUGAUCACGCUGAGCGACGCCCUGCAUAACUUCAUCGACGGGCUGGCCAUCGGAGCCUCCUUCACCGUGUCGGUCCUGACUGGCUUCAGCACCUCUAUAGCCAUUGUCUGUGAGGAGUUCCCUCAUGAGCUCGGUGACUUUGUGAUUUUGCUGAGCGCAGGGAUGAGUAUCCCACAGGCCAUCUUCUUUAACCUGCUGUCAGCCAUGUCCUGCUACGUGGGGCUGGUGUUGGGGAUCCUGUUGGGCAGCAGGUUUGCUCCCAAUGUCAUCUUUGCCUUGGCCGGGGGGAUGUUCCUCUACAUAGCCCUCGCAGACAUGUUUCCCGAGAUGAAUGCCAUUGCUAAAGCACAGCAGCAGAGCAGAAGGACUGAACUGGUGUUCUUCUUAAUCCAGAAUGCUGGCCUGCUCACAGGAUUCCUAGUCAUCCUCCUCAUCACCAUGUUCGCCGGAAAUAUUAACCUGGGCUGAGCCGACUUCCCUGUGCUUCAACACUGCGUGCCUUAAAUCUUAAUGUGCCAGCCAACACUAUAAACACCUAAAAAGCACAAGAUGGAGUGAGAUUGAGAAAGCAAAAGCAAUACAGUAGAACUGAUUAUGAACUAACACUUUUAUAGUUUAACUUUUUUUUUAAAGAUGGUUUUGAUUUUUAAUGUAAGUCUAUUUUUACGUUCACACAUUUUCGAUCAAAAUGUAAUGUCUGAAAAUAUCUAUUUUUCACUUGUUUGUUCCAUGUUGUUGUAACCAAUUCCCUCUGUAGUAAAACUUAAAUUAUCGAAGCAUUUUUUUACUACUUGAGAUCAGUGGUGAUUCUAUUACGGGGUUACGGUUCCUGUUUAGGAGCCAAAUAAAUGCCUUCAAAUUGGAAGCGCUCUUAAUUAUCUCA